AUGGAGCGCAAGAAGACCAUGACGAUGAACUGGGAUGGACUCCGCGACGACGACGAGGACGACCGUUUUUUCGAGUCCAUGGAGCGAAUGUCGUGCGCCAUGCCGGAGGAUUUGGCUUCAUCUUCCGACGACGACGAUUUCGAAGACAGUCGAAUGUCGUUUGCCUCCGUCGUCUCCACCGCCAAACACGAAGAGUUCAGAGCCUUCUCGAUGACUUCACAGAUGACGCCGGAGUACGAUAUUUGGAUGGCGACACCAGGUUCGAUUAAGGAACGUCGCAAGAGAUUGCUGGAAGGAAUGGGAUUGAAUAGUGGUAAACAGUUUCAGAGGAUCCAGAGUAAGGUACUCCAGCGGGAGAUUUCGAGGAAAUUACUCGCGAACGUCGAAAUUUCUCAACCGGAAACGACGACUGUCGUAUCUCCUGAAAAUGUGGAUCAGAAGCAGGAACCACCGGAAACGCCAUUGCCGAUCGUGCUCGUCCGCUCGCGAUCUCAUGGAGAAAGAGGCACAUUCACGAUUUCCAGGGAACGGAAUGACGACCUAAUCAAAAACGUCCCGAGGCAGAGCCUCAGGAGAACUUACUCAACGAUCAUGGCGUCGAGUGCUCGGAUCCGCAACUAUCCUAAUGCGAUCACAGUUUCGUCGAACGAAUGCGGACAAUCGAGCGGUGCAGUUUUCGUAAUCAAGAAUCUGGAUACAGGGAAGGAGUUCAUCGUGAAUGAAUACGAUCAAGACGGAAUGUGGAAUCGACUCAGCGAUCUCCAAACAGGAAAGCAACUUACAAUGGAGGAAUUCGAGAAAUGCGUUGGAUACUCACCGGUGGUGAAGGAAUUGAUGCGAAGAGAGAACGUAUCAAGAAUGAACGGACAGUUCGACGAUAGGAAAAUCAACAUGAAUUCGUAUCUAUCGAAGAGCUUGAGAAUGAGCAAGAGAAGAGGAGCGGCUCUAUUGAAGAACAUCAAAGGCUCCAUGACAGGUUUAAUCGGGGAAAAGGAUAGAGAAAUACCUCAAGCAUCGCUAGAGACAAGACCUAGCAGGAACGCGUCGUCGUCGUGUCAUUCUCCGCCUCGGAAUUCGACUUCGACGCCGCCGUCGUCGUCAGAUCAGUGGGUGAAAGUGAGACAGAGCGGGAGAUCGUACAAGGAGCUUUCGGCGCUGCAUUUCUGCCAGGAAAUUGAGGCGCACGAGGGCUCAAUUUGGGUGAUGAAAUUCAGUUCUGACGCGCGGUUGCUGGCGAGUGCGGGUGAGGAUAGAGUAAUUCAUAUAUGGGAAGUGCAGGAAUGCGAGGUGAUGUCGAUGAAACCGAACGAAGAAGCAAGUAUGACGCCGCUUCAUCCUUUGUAUUGUCCUUCGCCUGAAAGACCUGCCAUUGGAGAGGCUUCGGCGUUGCCGUCUGAGAAGAGGAAGAAGGGGAAAGGGCUUUCUGGGAGCAGGAAAGGGACUGUGAUCCCUGAUUAUGUUCAUGUUCCUGAAACUGUGUUCUCGCUUUCGGACAAACCACUCUCCACUUUCACUGGUCAUCAAGACGAUGUUCUGGAUCUCUCUUGGUCUUCUAAUUCUCAGCUCCUGCUUUCAUCUUCAAUGGACAAAACCGUAAGGCUAUGGGACAUGGAAACCAAAAUCUGCUUACAGAUGUUUGCCCACAACGAUUAUGUGACCUGCGUUCAAUUCAACCCAGUAGAUGAUAACUAUUUUAUCAGUGGAGCACUUGAUGCAAAAGUGAGGAUAUGGAACAUACCUGAUCGAUAUGUCGUCGAUUGGACUGAUCUUCAUGAAAUGGUCACCGCCGCUUGCUAUACGCCUGAUGGCCAGGGUGCUAUAAUAGGUUCACAUAAAGGGAGCUGUCGAAUGUACAGAAUAGAGGAUUCCAAGUUAGAACAAAAGAACCAGGUUGAUUUUCUAAGCAAAAAGAAGUCUACUGGAAAAAAGAUCACUGGUUUCCAAUUUGUUCCAGGUAGCCCUACUGAAGUGCUGGUUACUUCUGCUGAUUCUCGAAUUCGGAUCUUGGAAGGCACCGAAGUAAAUCACAAAUUCAAAGGUUUCCGAAAUACAAGCAGCCAACUUACAGCAUCAUUCAAUCAAGAUGGGAAAUAUGUGAUAUGUGCAAGUGAAGAUUCUCAAGUUUUUGUAUGGAAGAGAGAGGAGCCAAGAAAUCCAAGAAAUCCAAAUUCUGGAAAGAAAGGUUUGAUAGCAACCAGAGGUCAUGAACACUUCCCUUGUAGAGAUGUUUCUGUAGCAAUCGCAUGGCCUGGAAUGAUAAGCGGUAAACCGCCAUUGGUGCAAAUGUACUCCAAACGACAUUCAAAACGAGGCCAAUCGCAGCCACCUUCAGCCUGCAGCUCACCAACUCGAGAAGAAAAUGGCUCAUUUGUAAACCCUAAGAAACUAUUGCCACCUUUACCAAAAAAAUACAACAAUAAUACCUCACCUCCUCCAGAUGAGGAGCAGCAGCAGCAGCAGAGACAGCAAGCUCAAGUUGCUCGGUCGGAGUCGAGAACUGGUGAAGCACUCAAUCCAUCACCUUCAGCCUCUAUCAGGUAUGGCGAUUCGCCUUCUAUUUCUUCUUCUGCUAGCAUCAACAACAACCCAUCAGCUUCGCCCUGGCCUUCCUCUUGGUCCUGGUUUGAUGCUGGAAGCAGCCAUGGCCACCAUGCUGUCCCAGCUACUGCAUGGGGAUUGGUCAUUGUGACAGCUGGGUUGGGAGGUGAAAUAAGGGUCUAUCAAAAUUUUGGACUGCCACGUAGGAUUGGACGACAGACUAAUUUCUGGCAAACUACAUAGGAUUGCUUGGUUGAUCAUAAAACAAAUUCCAUGGUGUUCUACUUAGGAUUGGGAAUUUGCUUCUAGUAUUACCAUGUUGGAACUCUUCUAGUGUAUUGAGUUCUAGGAUAAAGUUCUCAACAUAUACAGGACUAAAAUACAAGCUGCUGGAAGGUUGUUUCAGAGAAUAAAGCUCCUGUUUUUGUAGAUUAUUGUUACAUAGAUCACAUGUGAACUUCAGAAACUAAUGUAAAAGUACCCUACCUGCGAACAACUUUUCUUAUUCAACAUUAUUACAAUA